AUGGCUGAAGCGCUUGUGGAGGUUGUGUUGCAACAAUUUGUUUCAAUCAUUCGUCAACAGGGAGAAGAAAGGAUAAGUUUGAUUGCAGGUGCUAAGCAAGAAGUUCAGAACCUUCAAAUCAAUUUCCGGGCAAUUCAAGCUGUGCUGGCUGAUGCUGAGAACCGCCAGGUGAAGGAAAAUAUUGUGAGAGCAUGGUUAGCCGAGCUGAAAGACGUGUCCUAUGACAUUGAUGAUGUGUUGGAUGAGUGGAACACCAAGCUUCAGAAAUUGAAGAUUAAGAAAGCUGAAGAUGCUUCUAAUUCUCUGAAAACGGUAUGUUCCUUCAUUCUUCACUAUCUCAGUUGUAGGCCAUUGGUUAUGCGUUAUGACAUUGGCGUCAAGAUAAAAGAUCUUGAUAGAAAACUUGGUAUUAUUGCUGUGGCAAGAGAGAGGUUCAACUUUAGAACAAUCACCGAGAGUAGCAAAGAAGUAGAACGGCAAAUCACCACCUCUGCUAUUGAUUUCACAAAGGUUCAUGGAAGAGAUAAAGAUAAGAAUUCAUUACUCGGUUUACUCUUGAGUCAAAGUAGUCAACAACAAGUCCUCCCUAUAAUCUCUAUAGUAGGGAUGGGAGGAAUCGGCAAGACAACUCUUGCUCGAUUAGCUUUUAAUGAUUAUAAGGUGAAUAACCAUUUUGAUAAAAAAAUAUGGGUGUGUGUUUCUGAGCCUUUUGAUGAGCUUAGGAUUGCAAAGGCAAUCCUUGAAUCUCUCACAAAUAGUCCAUCCCAAUUAGUUGAACUAGAAACUGUAAUGCAAAACAUAGGUCAACAAAUUGAAGGGAAGAAGUUUCUUCUUGUCUUAGAUGAUAUAUGGACCGAAAAUUCUGAAAAUUGGGAAAAUUUAAAAUGUACACUAAAGUGUGGAUCAUUAGAAAGUAGAAUUUUAGUGACCACACGUAAGGAGAAUGUUGCAAAUGCCAUUGGAACCACCAACAUAAUCUCACUAGGGAUACUCCCUGAGAAGGAAUGUUGGUCCUUGUUUUGUCAACUUGCAUUUUCGGGAAAAACCAAUGAAGAGUUUGAAGAAAUCGGUAAAAAAAUUGUAGAAAAGUGUAAAGGUUUGCCUCUUGCUGUAAAGACUUUAGGUAGUCUUUUGCGCUUUAAAAGAACAUCUGAAGAGUGGGAAAGUGUCUUAAAUAGUGAAAUAUGGGAAUUAAAAGAGGUAGAACAGAAGAUUUUUCCACCUCUAUUAUUUAGCUACUAUGAUUUGUCCCCUAGACUGAAGAAGUGUUUCUCAUAUUGUGCUAUUUUUCCAAAGGAUUAUAAAAUAAAGAAAGAUGUAUUGAUCAAGUUAUGGAUGGCACAAGGUUACUUAAGGUCAGAGGCAAAUAAGGAUAUGGAGUUAGUUGGUGAGGAGUAUUUUGAAACGUUAGCAAUGCAUUCUUUCUUCCAAGAUUUUCAAAAAGAGGAAUAUGAUAUUGAUAUACGUUUUUGUAAGAUGCACGAUAUAGUACAUGAUUUUGCUCAAUUUCUUACCCAAAAAAACGGAUUGCCACCUUCUGCAGAUUAUGAUAGAUAUAACUCCUCCUUUCCCAUCACUCGUCAACAGGAGGAGGAAGGGAUCAGAAUGAUUAGAGCUGGACCAGAAGUUGAGAAGCUUCAGAGCAAUUUCCUGGCCAUUCAACUGUGCUUGCUGAUGCUGAGGACCGCCAAGCGAAGGAGAAUGCAACCAGGAAAUCCUUUAGUGGAGACAUCUUUUGAAAGAAAUGUUGAAUAUCAAGCACCACUUGAGUUUAAAACUGAUAAGCUGCAACAAACAGUUAUGACUCAAUACAUAUCUUGUGAAGAAAUGUUAAUAUCAAGCACAUUGCGAUGUAAAGGUUCCAUCAAUUCACCAUAUUGGUUUCUGCAAACAAUUGUUACUUAUGCAUCGAAACGCCAUGGACAAGGUGAAACGGCUCCGUUUUUGGCUUCACAGAACUUUCAGAUGUCAUUGACCAAAUUGAGAAGGUUAAAUCUUUGGGCUUGUGUAAACUGUGAACAUCUGCCUCCUUUGGGUAAGUUAUCAUCUCUUGAAAUUCUUUGGAUAGAUGAAAUGAAGAGUGUGAAAAGAGUGGGUAAUGAGUUUUUGGGAAUAGAGAAUGUUGCCAUGUCAUCAUCUUCAUCAAUUAUUGCGUUUCCCAAACUGAAAUUUCUAUACUUCUCGGGGAUGGAAGAAUGGGAAGAGUGGAAUUACGGGAGUACAAAGAGAGGAGAUAAAGAUAUUACAGUCAUGCCAUCUCUUCAGACCUUAGAACUCCAUGACUGUCCCAAAUUGAAGUCUCUACCAAACCAUCUUCAUCAGAUGACAAUGUUGAAGAAGGAAAUAGAUUAUUGUCAUCUUCUCCAAAGAACAGAGAACCAAUAG